AUGGGUGGUGCAGAGCUGAGGUGGAUUUUCAGUAACGGUGCGCUUUUGAACGGUGGUUUCAGAGUGGGGAGAGCUUUUAUACUGUGUGACGGAGAAAUUAUCAUCGCAUUUCUAUCAAUUUCUUCUGUUUACAAAUCACUGAAUGAAAAUGACUCAGUAGAACUGGCAUUGGCAAUGGCCAGGAUUCCAUCGUUUCUCUCAAAUCUAUGCCUCCGCCAAAACCCUAAAUCGUUACAACCCACCACCCCCCAAAUCCGAAGCCGAAACCUCAGUGUUGACCAAUUUAACGGAAACCCAGAUGAAAUUUCUGCUCAAAAUCGAAUCUUUAAUCUUGUUGAGCCUAAUAGAAGUUCUGAAGAAUUAGGGGAAAAUUAUGCCCAACAUCAAAUUACGAGUGUUAAUGAGAUCGCGAAAGAGGUUUCGAAUCUCAUUCGGAUCCGACCCAGAUGGGAACAGACCCUUUUAACCGAUUUUCCGACCGUAAACUUCACGGAUCCUACUGUAUACAGUGAGGUUUUAAAACAGAGCAACGUCUUUCUGUCGCUCCGGUUCUUUUUCUGGCUUAGGUCCCUCAGCGAUUCCUCGUUCGAUCCUGUUUUAUGCAAUGUGAUGUUUAGUAGGCUUGUGGAGGCGAAAGCGGCCCAGGCUGCGAUGAAUUUUCUCGAUUCCACCAAGUUCGAUCCAGAGCCGUGGUAUUUAGAGUUGUAUAUAAGGUGCCUCUGUGAAAACGGGUUGAUUGAUAAGGCACUCGAUGUGUUUGAACGGUUGAAAAAAUCGAUUGGUUAUUCUAUCUCGUUGGAAACAUGGAACUGUGCUUUGUCACACUCGGUGAGAACUAAAAGAGUCGAUGUUGUCUGGAAAUUGUACGAGAAUAUGAUGGAAUAUAAUGUAAUAACGGAUGUAAAAACCGUAGGGCACUUGAUUCAAGCUUUUUGUUUGGAAGAAAAUGUUGCAAAAGGGUACGGGCUUCUUCAGCAGGUGUUAGAAGCUGGGCAUGUUCCGGAAAAUAUUAUUUUCGUUAAGUUGAUAUCUUCGUUUUGCAAGAAUCGCGAUUAUGGGAAAGUAUCUGCCGUUCUUAAUAACAUGAUUGCAAAGAAUUGUUCCCCAGGUAACGACACUUAUCAAGAGGUUAUUAAUAGAUUAUGUAAAGGAGGAAUGACAUCCGAAGGUUUCCGAAUCUUUAACGAAUUGAAAAACAGAGGCUAUUUUCCGGAUAGGGUUAUGUACACAACUAUGAUCCACGGUCUUUGCGAAGACAAGAAUCUAGGAGGUGCAAGAAAGCUGUGGUUUGAGAUGAUUCAAAACGGGAUUGUACCGAACGAGUAUACCUAUAGUGCUUUUAUUGACGGGUUAUUUAAGAGUGGCUGUAUUAAUGAAGCUGAGAAGCUUCAUAAAGAGAUGCUCGACAAAGGCUAUGAAGAGAGUACCAUAAGUUUUAACACAAGGAUAAAUGGGUUGUGUUCAAACGGGAAAGUAGAAGAGGCUCGAGUAUUGUUCGAAGAAAUGAAUGAGAAGGGUAUUUUUCAAGAUUCCAUUACUUAUAGCUCUCUGAUUAAAGGGUUUUCUCAACAAGGAAAAAUAACCGAAGCUACGUACUUCUUUAACGAGCUUUUAAAGAAGGGUUUCGAACCUUCAAGUGGCUCGUUUGUUACGUUGGUUGAGAAGCUUUGUGAGAUUGGAAAUGUGAAAGAGGCAGAAAAGUUGUGGGUGGAGAUGAGAAGUAGGGGAUUAGAACCCGCAAUUUGUUCUUUGAACACGAUUAUAUUAGGGCUGAGCCAGCAAGGCCGGUUUGCGGAAAUGGUCGAGUGUUUGAGGUAUAUGAUUCGUAAAGGGGUGAGACCGAAAGAGAAGACUUUUGAGGAGAUAAUUAAAUGCGUCUAUUUAGAUGAAAUGUUUGAUGAUGCUUUGUUUGUUUUGGAACAUAUGUUGAAGAUGGGGUUUGUUCUUCGGGAGAGCAUUUGUUUUUCGUUAGUGGAGAAACUUUGCCGAGAUAAUCCGCAUCUCGUUCGGAAAUCGUUGGACGAAAUUCUCGAGAGAAGAUGA